CCGGGGCCGGUGGCCCAGGGCCUGAAGGAGGCGCUGGUGGACACGCUCACCGGGAUCCUGUCGCCGGUGCAGGAGGUGCGCGCGGCCGCCGAGGAGCAGAUCAAGGUGCUGGAGGUGACCGAGGAAUUUGGUGUUCACCUGGCUGAGCUGACCGUGGAUCCCCAGGGGGCCCUGGCAAUCCGUCAGCUGGCGUCCGUCAUCCUGAAGCAGUAUGUGGAGACGCACUGGUGUGCCCACUCGGAGAAGUUCAGGCCUCCAGAGACUACGGAGAGGGCAAAAAUUGUCAUCCGGGAGCUGUUGCCCAACGGGCUGAGAGAGUCCAUAAGCAAGGUGCGCUCCAGUGUGGCCUACGCGGUGUCAGCUAUCGCCCACUGGGACUGGCCCGAGGCCUGGCCCCAGCUCUUCAGCCUGCUCAUGGGGAUGCUGGUGAGCGGAGACUUGAACGCAGUCCACGGAGCCAUGCGCGUGCUGACAGAGUUCACGCGGGAAGUAACAGACACACAGAUGCCCCUGGUCGCUCCCGUCAUCCUCCCGGAGAUGUACAAGAUCUUCACCAUGGCCGAGGUGUACGGCAUCCGGACCCGUGCCCGAGCGGUGGAGAUUUUCACCACCUGUGCCCACAUGAUCUGCACCAUGGAGGAGCUGGAGAAGGGCGCAGCCAAAGUCCUGAUCUUCCCGGUGGUGCAGCAGUUCGCCGAGGCCUUCGUGCAGGCCCUGCAGAUCCCGGACGGGCCCACGUCCGACAGUGGGUUCAAGAUGGAAGUCCUGAAGGCAGUGACCGCGCUGGUGAAGAACUUCCCCAGGCACAUGGUGGCCUCCAUGCAGCAGGUCCUCCCCAUCGUCUGGAGCACGCUGACCGAGAGCGCCGCCUUUUACGUGAGGACAGAAGUCAACUACACAGAAGAAGUGGAAGACCCUGUGGACUCUGAUGGCGAAGUCCUGGGCUUCGAGAACCUGGUCUUCAGCAUCUUCGAGUUUGUCCACGCACUGCUGGAGAACAGCAAGUUCAAGAGCACCGUCAGGAAAGCCUUGCCGGAGCUGGUGUACUACAUCAUCCUCUACAUGCAGAUCACGGAGGAGCAGAUCAAAGUGUGGACCGCCAGCCCCCAGCAGUUCGUGGAGGACGAGGACGAUGACACUUUCUCCUACACCGUCAGGAUCGCAGCUCAGGACCUGCUGCUGGCUGUGGCCACUGACUUCCAGAACGAGAGUGCGGCUGCUCUGGCCGCUGCGGCCACUCGGCACUUCCAGGAGGCCGAGCAAACCAAGAACAGCGGCGCUGAGCACUGGUGGAAGAUCCACGAGGCGUGCAUGCUGGCGCUCGGCUCCGUGAAGUCCAUCAUCACCGACAGCGUGAAGAGCGGCCGGGUGCAGUUCGACAUGCACGGGUUCCUGACCGGCGUGGUCCUGGCGGACCUCAGCCUCUCAGUGUCUCCCUUCCUCUUGGGUCGGGCACUUUGGGCUGCCAGUCGGUUCACUGUCGCUAUGUCCCCUGAAUUGAUCCAGCAGUUUCUACAGGCAACAGUUAGUGGCCUUCAUGAGACACAGCCCCCGUCAGUUCGCAUCUCGGCUGUGAGAGCCGUCUGGGGCUACUGCGACCAGCUGAAAGCCUCGGGCAGCACCCGCGUCCUGCAGCCCUUCCUGCCCAGCGUCCUGGACGGCCUGGUCCACCUGGCCGCGCAGUUCAGCUCCGAGGUCCUGAACCUGGUGAUGGAGACGCUGUGCAUCGUCUGCACGGUGGACCCGGAGUUCACCGCCAGCGUGGAGAGCAAGAUCUGCCCCUUCACCAUCGCCAUCUUCCUCAAGUACAGCAACGAUCCUGUCGUCGCCUCGCUGGCUCAGGACAUCUUUAAGGAGCUGUCCCAGAUCGAAGCCUGUCAGGGGCCCAUGCAGAUGCGGCUGAUCCCAACUCUGGUCAGCAUAAUGCAGGCGCCCGCAGACAAGAUCCCGGCGGGGCUGUGCGCGACAGCCAUCGACAUCCUGACCACAGUGGUGCGGAGCUCAAAGCCCCCCCUGUCCCAGCUGCUCAUCUGCCAGGCGUUCCCUGCCGUGGCGCAGUGCACCCUGCACACGGACGACAACGCCACCAUGCAGAACGGCGGCGAGUGCCUGCGGGCCUACGUGUCGGUGGCACUGGAGCAGGUGGCCCAGUGGCACGACGAGCAGGGCCGCAGCGGGCUGUGGUACGUGGUGCAGGCGGUGAGCCAGCUGCUGGACCCCCGCACCUCCGAGUUCACCGCGGCCUUCGUGGGCCGCCUCGUCUCCACCCUCAUCGCCACGGCCGGGCGCGAGCUGGGGGAGAACCUGGACCAGAUCCUCCGCGCCAUCCUCAGCAAGAUGCAGCAGGCGGAGACGCUGAGCGUGAUGCAGUCCCUGAUCAUGGUGUUCGCCCACCUGGUGCACACCCAGCUGGAGCCGCUGCUGGAGUUCCUGUGCAGCCUCCCCGGGCCCACCGGCAAGCCUGCCCUGGAGUUUGUGAUGGCCGAGUGGACGAGCCGACAGCACCUGUUCUACGGCCAGUACGAGGGCAAAGUCAGCUCGGUGGCGCUGUGCAAGCUGCUGCAGCACGGGAUCAACACGGACGACAGGCGGCUGCAGGACAUCCGCGUGCAGGGCGAGGAGGUCUGCAGCGUGGACGAGGGCGUGCGCACCCGUGCCAAGGCCGCCAAGAACCCUGAGCGCUGGACAAACAUUCCUUUGCUGGUCAAGAUCCUGAAGCUGAUCAUCAACGAACUGUCCAGCGUCAUGGAGGCCAACACUGCCCGCCAGGCCACCCCCGCGGAGUGGGGCCAAGACGACUCCAAUGACAUGUGGGAGGACCAGGACGAGGAGGAGGACGAGGAGGAGGAUAGCUCGGCUGGCCAGCUCUUGUCUGACAUUCUCGCCACAAGUAAAUACGAGGAGGACUACUACGAGGACGACGAGGACGACGACCCUGACGCCCUGAAGGACCCUCUCUAUCAGAUCGAUCUGCAGGCAUACCUCACGGACUUCCUCUGCCAGUUCGCGCAGCAGCCCUGCUACGCCGUGUUCUCGGGCCACCUCAGCGACAGCGAGCGGAGGGUGCUGCAGGCCAUUGGGAUCCAGUGAGGCCGGCCUGGAGGGCG